AAUAAAGUAAAAGCCAAGAAAAGCCUUGACGCUCCCGCACAGUCGCACCUGCUCCCGAACGCGAUAGUCGUCCGCCUUUUGAUUCUGCCCGCAUCAUUGCUUCCUGUCUUACUCUCAUCACUUCGUCCCCCAUCGUCUCUCUUCUCUCCUCCCAAAUCCCGGAACACGAUGACUUCCCCCACAAGAGUCGUGCCGUAGCGGUGCUGCUCUGCCUGGCUGCGCUGGUCUCGUCCUGCUUCCACCGCUCCCGCUUUUGCUCCUCCUCUGGGUCCUCGCGCACCAGCACGAAGACGAGCGCCGGGAUGGCCAUCUCCAAGCGCGAUCUCUCGGCUCGCUCUUUUCGGGCAUUUCUUGCUCUCUUUCAGGUGAUCGGUUAUGCCUCCUUGCUCAGCUGUCAGGGGAUUGAGAUGGAGAUGCUUUCGAGUUCCGGUGCCAUGUCUCUAGAAAGGCAUUCAGAAGAUUACUGUGCAAUGUAUGAUAUAUGUGGAGAACGCAGUGAUGGCAAAGUUCUAAACUGUCCAUAUGGUUCUUCUUCUGUGAAGCCUGAUGAACUUUUUUCUGCCAAAAUUCAAAGCUUAUGUCCAACUAUAAGUGGAAAUGUUUGCUGUACAGAGACUCAGUUUGAGACAUUACGUGCUCAAGUUCAACAAGCAAUACCAUUCCUAGUGGGCUGUCCAGCAUGCUUAAGGAACUUUUUGAACCUUUUCUGCGAGUUGUCUUGCUCGCCGAAUCAAAGCCUUUUCAUAAAUGUGACUUCUGUGACUGAGAUUGAUGGCAAUAUGGCAGUUGAUGCAAUCGACUUUUUUGUCACCGAUACUUUUGGAGAGAUGUUAUAUGAUUCCUGCAAGGAAGUAAAGUUUGGGACUAUGAAUACACGGGCCAUAGAUUUUAUUGGUGCUGGUGCUAAGAGUUAUAGAGAAUGGUUUUCAUUUAUUGGUCAGAAAGCAGAUCUUGGGUUUCCUGGUUCACCUUAUUCCAUAAGUUUCAAGUCAAAUGUCCCUGAAUCAUCUGGGAUGGAGCUCAUGAAUGUCUCUUCAUACUCCUGCGGUGACACUUCUCUGGGCUGCUCUUGUGGAGAUUGCCCUGCAUCUCCUUUUUGCUCUGAUGCAGAACCUCCUUCUCCUCAUAAAAGGGAUUCAUGUUCUAUCAGCAUUGGAUCUCUAGAGGUUGCGUGUCUUGAGCUUUCCUUAGGUAUCCUAUAUAUUGUUUUUAUCUCUGCAUUUUUCGGAUGGAGUUCAUGUUAUGGAAGAAGAGAAAACAGGAGACCUGCACCAAUAAGAAAACCACUGCUGGAUCCUAUAAAUGAUGGUGAAAGUAGUUCUGUUCUCCAGAAGGACAAGGAACGUCCUGUGAAGAUGGAAGAAAUGGCUUCAGCAGAAAGUAACAUGGUCCAAUUUUCUUCUGUCCAAGGAUAUAUUUCAAGCUUUUACAGGAGUUAUGGUCUGUGGAUUGCAAGAAAUGCAACUUUGGUGCUUUGUUCAUCCCUGGCAAUUGUUCUUCUACUUUGCCUAGGCCUUCUCCGUUUUGAGGUGGAGACCCGUCCAGAGAAGUUGUGGGUUGGCCCUGGAAGUAAAGCAGCAGAAGAGAAACAAUUCUUUGACAGUCAUCUUGCACCGUUCUAUAGAAUUGAGCAGCUCAUUUUGGCAACUGUGCCUGAUGUGGAGGGUGGCCGGCAACCAAGUAUUGUAACAGAUAGGAAUAUCCGGCUGCUUUUUGACUUACAGCAAAAGGUGGAUGGAAUCCGUGUCAACAUUUCAGGCAAAAUGGUGUCUCUAGCUGACAUUUGCUUGAAGCCACUGGGCAAUGAUUGUGCAACUCAAAGUAUUCUGCAGUAUUAUAAAAUGGACCCGGAUAGCUACAACAUGUAUGGAGGGGUUACGCAUGCUGAGUAUUGCUUUCAGCAUUAUACUUCUGCAGACACUUGUAUGAGUGCUUUUGAGGCUCCACUUGAUCCAAGCACUGCGCUAGGGGGAUUUUCUGGAAAUAACUAUUCUGAGGCAUCUGCAUUUGUUGUCACAUACCCAGUUAAUAAUGCAAUGGAUGAUGCAACCGAUGAGAAUAGGAUGGCUCUGGCAUGGGAGAAGGCUUUUAUUCAAUUAGCUAAGGAGGAGCUGCUGCCAUCUGCAGAGUCUAACAAUUUGACCCUUUCCUUUUCAUCUGAAAGCUCAAUUGAGGAAGAACUAAAGAGAGAAAGUACUGCAGAUGUUCUCACGAUAGUAGUCAGCUACCUUGUGAUGUUUGCGUACAUUUCCUUCACACUGGGAGAUCCACUCAGUUCAUCCACUUUCUACAUCUCCUCAAAGGUAUUGCUGGGUCUUGCGGGAGUUUUGAUCGUCAUGCUCUCUGUCCUUGGUUCUGUUGGAUUUUUUAGCGCAAUUGGAAUCAAGUCUACAUUGAUUAUAAUGGAAGUCAUCCCUUUUCUGGUCUUGGCGGUCGGAGUGGAUAACAUGUGCAUAUUGGUCCAUGCUGUGAAAAGGCAACCAUCAGACAUGUCUUUGGAGGAACGAAUAAGUAGUGCACUUGUAGAAGUUGGUCCAUCCAUUACUUUGGCGAGUUUGUCUGAGGUUUUGGCGUUUGCAGUUGGAGCUUUCAUUCCUAUGCCAGCAUGUCGUGUCUUCUCAAUGUUUGCAGCUUUGGCUAUUCUUUUGGACUUUCUUCUGCAAGUCACUGCAUUUGUUGCGUUGAUCGUUUUCGACUUCACCAGAGCUGAGAAUAACAGGGUUGAUUGUCUUCCUUGCAUAAAGAUAAAUUCUCCCGGGGUUUCUGAUGAAGUAUCUCAUCAGAGAAAUCCUGGAUUGCUUGUCCGUUACAUGAAGGAUGUUCAUGCUCGUAUUCUUGGACAUUGGGCAGUUAAAAUAUUUGUAGUUGCUGCGUUUGUAGCUUUUUCAUUAGCAAGCAUCGCAUUAUGUACAAGGAUUGAGGCAGGACUGGAGCAGCAGAUUGUUCUUCCUCAGGACUCCUAUCUUCAGGGUUAUUUCAAUAAUGUGUCCGAGUAUCUUCGAGUUGGACCACCAUUGUAUUUUGUUGUUAAAGACUACAACUACAGUGCGGAAUCAAGCCAUACAAAUAAGUUAUGCUCCAUCAGCCAUUGUGAUGCGAACUCUCUUCUGAAUGAGAUAUCAAGAGCAUCUUUAACACCAGAAUCAAGCUAUAUUGCUAAGCCAGCCGCAUCAUGGUUGGAUGAUUUUCUAGUAUGGCUAUCUCCAGAAGCUUUUGGUUGCUGUCGGAAGUUUAUAAAUGGAACUUACUGUCCGCCUGAUGAUCAGCCUCCUUGCUGUACACCAGAUGAAGGCCCUUGUGGCAUAGGUGGCGUGUGUGAAGACUGUACAACGUGCUUCCUCCAGUCAGAUCUUAAAAAUGGUCGUCCAUCUACUGGGCAAUUCAGAGAGAAGCUCCCUUGGUUUCUUAAAGCACUGCCGUCCGCUGAUUGUGCAAAGGGUGGUCAUGGAGCUUACACAAGCAGUGUCAAUCUUAAUGGUUAUGAGAGUGGUGUUAUACAUGCAUCAGAGUUCCGAACAUACCACACACCACUUAAUAAACAGGGUGACUACGUCAAUUCCAUGCGUGCUGCAAGGGAGUUUAGCUCAAGAGUUUCUUCGUCUCUCAAGAUGGACAUUUUUCCAUAUUCAGUCUUCUAUAUCUUCUUUGAGCAAUACCUGGAUAUAUGGAGGGUGGCUUUGAUGAACAUCGCCAUAGCCCUUGGUGCAAUCUUUGUUGUUUUCUUGGUUGUCACAUCCAGUUUAUGGAGUUCAAUAAUCAUGUUGGUUGUACUAGCGAUGAUUGUUGUGGAUCUUAUGGGUGUCAUGGCACUUCUUAACAUCCAACUAAAUGCAGUUUCUGUCGUUAACCUUGUAAUGUCAAUUGGGAUUGCUGUCGAAUUUUGUGUGCACAUAAUACAGGCCUUUCUGGUGUGCCCUGGCAAUCGAAACCAAAGAAUGCAAGGGGCUCUCACUACCAUGGGUGCUUCUGUCUUCAGCGGUAUUACCCUGACAAAGCUAUGUGGAGUACUUGUACUUUUCUUCGCCAGAUCAGAAAUCUUUGUGGUCUAUUACUUCCAAAUGUACCUGGCAUUGGUUAUUAUUGGCUUUUUGCAUGGGCUUGUCCUUCUACCUGUAUUGCUGAGUUUGUUUGGUCCACCUCCAAGAUAUAUGGUUGUCGAGAAACAACAGCAUAACACGCCUGCUUCAUCACAGCAGAGUUGAUGUCCAAUGAUAAAAGCGAAGCUUGCGUGGUAGAAGUUCAUCACAUGAUAUCAUUACACAUGUACAUACAAAGGUUAACGCAAUACAAGAUAUCUAAGAACUACCAAGAAAGAUUGUUGUGACCUGUUCUUUUCUGGUAAAUUCACUCUUGCCAAGGUGUUAAGGCGCAUCUAGGAAUCCUUGGCUCCUGUUGAGCUUCAGAAUCUACAAAG